AUGAAUGUAUUCCCUAGUGCAUUAGUGUUUUUUGGGACUCCACUGAACGCAAAGAAUACAGCACAAUUGAAGAGUGCAAUUAGAGGAUGCGCCACGGCCGAGCUUCAGAUGGAUACAGGCAAGAAAGAUAGGGUCAAUUCUGAGAUGUUGAAAGACAUCGAAGAUUCUUUUGAGGAAUUACGAAAGAAAAACCUUCAGAUUCUCAGCUUCUACGAGACUGAACCCUGUAAAUAUAGAGCGCGAGCUCUAUUUCGUGUUGCAGAGAAACAAAAAGUCAUUGUCAAUGGUGAGAUUGCCAAGUUCGAAAAUUCCCGCGUUACUCCGGUGAAGCGCAACCAUCACUCCGUUGCUGCUCUUAAUCGUCAGAGUUUUGAGACCUUACUUGCAUUCGUGGACAAGUUUCUGAGCAGUCUUCCUGAAAAGGGGUACCCUUGGCUACUCAUUUUUGACAAUGCCGCCGAUAGACAAGUUAUCACGAAGUAUUGGCCUCGAGGCUCAGCUCAAGGCAGAAUCCUGCUUACAACACGGGAUCCGGUAUUCGCUGGUAGAGACUUUGCAGGAGCUGGAUUAGAGCUUCGAGAGUUUGAUGAAGAUGCCGCUGUUGGGAUGCUUCUGAGCCACCUUGAUGAAGACUUACGCAGGCCAAACGAUGAAGCCGAAGCUCGAGUGGUCGUCCAACAUUUGGGCUGUUUACCCCUCGGAAUCCAGGCUUGUAUUGGUCUGAUGAAUGGUAAUCGCAGUCCCUUGAGAUUUUACAGUGAGCAGUGGGGUCAUGUACGAUCGGUAUUGGAAGAGGCAUCACAAAACGAUGUUAGCACCCCCUACGCCUCUUACGAAAAGGCGUUGGAUAUGACGUUUCUCGAAGCGCUUGACGGUCUCGACUCCAACUCUCGCGAGAUGAUCGAACUUUUCUCUUUAUUGGAUCCUGACAAAAUUCAAGAGGAGAUAUUUUCGAGGGAAACGGUGAAAGUGCGAUUGGGAAACCCAGGAUAUGUCAAAGACCGUGUCAAGUGCAUAGGGAAACUUCUGAAGGGGCUCAUCGGAAGGAAUGAAAUGAUGGCAGAUGAUGAAUUUCGUUCUUUCAACAUGCAUAGGGUUUUGAAGGUGUGUACACAACUUCACAUGAGUUCAUCAUCAUCCCAGGAAUCCUUCAAAUCAGCCACUGUCGCACUUAGCGAGGUGAUCAGUAAUGGGUGGGAGCUUGACUGGCCCAAGAUACGCACCCAAUACACGAAUUACUUUCCGCAUGUUCAAUCCAUUCACGACUUUUACAAUGAAAUUGAGGCUGGUGCAGAUGUUGACGAGUUCAAUGUCCCACUCAGCUUCAUUGAGCUACUCCGGAAAGGCGCUUGGCUUUGUUACAAAAGAAGCUUAUUUGGUCUUGGAAUACCACUCCUAGAUACCGGAGAGCGCAUUUUAACAAGUCAAGGUGGACAUUCACGCCUCAUUGGAGAUGGAAAUGCGACUAUCAUCGAAACGGUCCAGCUAUAUUACGCGCGAGCCUGUAUUGAAACCGAAGUAGGGAAUUUUUCCAGCUCACUCAAGUAUUUCAAGCUAGGCCUUCAUUGGUUUGAUGAAGGUACCAGACGAGGAAUUACCGGUAUUCCAACCCGCUUACAGACCGAGGAGUGCCUUUAUGGAGGCAUCGCAAAUUCAUUAAAUGGACUCGGGCGUCAAACCGAGGCGGAGCAGGUUUACUACAAAUGUAUUUCUCUCAAACAGCCUAACGACACUGAUCCAGUCUAUGAUGUGAACUUGAACCGUUGCUUGUGGUCUCAGGGGUCAUCGCGGUACGACGAAGCUGCGAAGAACCUUCUGGGUAUUAUUGAGCAGAGGGAGAAGGACUUUGGUCAGCCUGAGGAUACGGAAGACUAUGUCCCUGGCCAUGCAUUCUACGUUCUUGGAAAUAUCCGGGUCGGACAGGGGCUUUUGGAUGAGGCUUACGAGCUACAUCUGAAGACUGUGCGCAACUGGGAAGUUACAUUCGGCACUGCUCAUCACAAGACUGCAGAUGCAUACCACAAGAUUGGAUGGCAUCUUUCGAGAAUGGGCGAAGAUGAGAAAGCAAGGGAUUAUCUUCAAGCAGCACUUGAUAUCUAUCAAUCGGGUUCCGACCAAGGCUUUCGGAAAGGGGAAAUUGCUCGGACAAUGUACAAGAAAGGUUGCGUCUUGCGGCUUUUGGGCGAACUCGGUACAGCUCAAAAUGUUCUCCAAAAGGCAAAAUCAUUGAGGAAGGAGCUCAUUGGAAUGGAUGAUGACCGAAUGAAUGAUGAAUCGGCAUUUGAUGAACUAGUCAGCCUCUGGGCUAGAUAG